AUGGAUCAGGAGUUUCGUGUUGUGGCCAAAGAUCUCGGUCAGGAAAUCGAGAAGAAAAUCUUCCUAGAGAACAACAAAAUUCAUGGCUGGUGCAUGCGACUUACACGAACCGAAGCCUCUUGCAUUCGAAACAAGAGCAAAUACCAAGAAUGUCAAACUCUCAAAAGUGGUGUAUUUUUUACUACUUCGAAACUCCUUUCCCUCCGCCGCGAAUUCGACCAGCUCUCAGAAAACUAUAACCGCACUCAAACCAGUCUGGUGCAUGAAGUUGUCGCUGUAGCUGCUUCCUAUUGUCCAGUCAUUGAAACACUCGCCUCUAUCCUCGCCCACCUCGACGUCAUCGUCUCUCUAGCUCACACUUCCGCUCACGCCCCUACUUCUUAUGUCCGUCCUAAAAUGCAUCCUCGUGGUACAGGUUCCACAAUCCUUAAAGAAGCUCGUCAUCCUUGUAUGGAAAUGCAAGAUGAUGUUCAAUUCAUCACCAACGAUGUCUCUCUCGUUCGUGAUGAAUCCUCUUUCCUAAUAAUCACCGGACCGAACAUGGGAGGCAAGUCUACUUAUAUUCGACAAAUCGGUGUUAUAGCACUGAUGGCUCAAAUCGGUUGUUUCGUUCCUUGCUCAGAAGCAGAACUUACAAUCUUCGAUUGCAUAUUAGCACGAGUGGGAGCAUCAGAUUCACAACUUAAAGGUGUAUCAACCUUCAUGGCAGAAAUGUUAGAAACGGCUAAUAUCCUCAAAUCGGCAACUUCGGAAUCCCUCAUCAUCAUCGAUGAAUUGGGUAGAGGAACUAGUACAUAUGAUGGUUUUGGUCUCGCAUGGGCUAUCUCGGAAUAUAUCGUUAAGGAAAUAGGGGCAUUUAUCGAAGAAGGAAUCUGUGAUCAGAGUUUCGGUAUUCAUGUUGCGGAAUUGGUCAAAUUCCCGAAGAAAGUAAUUAAUAUGGCUAGGAGAAAGGCAGAAGAAUUAGAAGAUUUCGGUACGAGUACGAAGGUGGAUGUAGAUUAUGGUGAUCCUAGUUCUCAGGAGUUUGCAAAGGAGGAUGUAGAGGAGGGUAGUAGAUUGUUGAAGGAGGUGUUGAAAAAGUGGAAGGCGGAAAUUGAUAAGAAUGGGGAGAUGGGUAAGGAGGAGAAGAUUGAGGUGUUGAGGAGGUUGGUGGGGGGUGAUGAGAGGUUAUUGCAGAAUCCGUUUUUUAGGGGUAUAAAAUGUUUGUAG